AUGUCGAAGAUGGCCGGAGAGAGCGAGAGCAACCUGAGGAAGGCCUUCGAGGAGGCUGAGAAGAACACGCCCUCUAUCAUCUUCAUCGACGAGAUCGACUCCAUUGCUCCGAACAGGGAGAAGACUCACGGCGAGGUCGAGAGGCGCAUCGUCUCCCAGCUGCUGACACUGAUGGAUGGCAUGAAGGCCCGCGCGCACGUCAUCGUCAUGGGCGCGACGAACCGUCCCAACAGCAUCGACCCUGCCUUGAGGCGAUUCGGAAGGUUUGAUCGCGAGAUCGACAUCGGCGUGCCGGACGAGGUCGGGCGUCUCGAAGUGCUCCGCAUCCACACCAAGAACAUGAAGCUGGAUGAGGACGUCAACCUUGAGCUGAUUGCCAAGGAUACACAUGGCUACGUGGGCGCCGACUUGGCCGCGCUCUGCACCGAGGCGGCGCUGCAGUGCAUCAGGGAGAAGAUGGACAUGAUCGACUUAGAGGACGACACCAUUGAUGCCGAGAUCUUGAACUCCAUGGCCGUCACCAAUGACCACCUUAAAACAGCUCUCGUCGGCACGAACCCGUCUGCGCUUCGUGAAACCGUUGUGGAGGUGCCCAACGUCAGCUGGACCGAUAUUGGCGGCCUCGACGGCGUCAAGAGGGAGCUGCAAGAGACCGUCCAGUACCCGGUCGAGCACCCGGAGAAAUUCGAGAAGUUUGGCAUGUCGCCGUCCAAGGGCGUCCUCUUCUACGGGCCACCAGGAUGCGGCAAGACCUUGCUGGCGAAGGCGAUCGCCAACGAGUGCCAGGCCAACUUCAUCAGCAUCAAGGGGCCCGAGCUUCUCACCAUGUGGUUCGGCGAGAGUGAGGCCAACGUGCGCGAGAUCUUCGACAAGGCGCGUCAGUCUGCGCCGUGCGUCCUGUUCUUCGAUGAGCUCGACUCCAUCGCAACCCAGAGGGGCGGCAGGAUGGGCGACGCCGGCGGCGCGGCGGACAGGGUCCUGAACCAGCUUCUCACAGAGAUGGACGGCAUGAACGCCAAGAAGACGGUCUUCAUCAUCGGAGCCACAAAUAGGCCGGACAUAAUUGACUCGGCGUUGCUCCGUCCUGGCCGCCUGGACCAGCUCAUCUACAUCCCCUUGCCAGACGAGGCCUCGCGGCACCAGAUCUUCAAGGCCUGCCUCAGGAAGUCUCCCGUGGCCAAGGACGUUGACCUCGGCGCGCUGGCAAGGUUCACCGCCGGCUUCAGCGGUGCCGACAUCACGGAGAUCUGCCAGAGAGCGUGCAAGUACGCCAUCAGGGAGGACAUUGAAAAGGACAUGGAGAGGCAGAGGAUGGAGAAAGACACCAUGGAUGUGGACGGCGGGCAGAAAGAUGAGGAGAUGGCAGAGAUUAAGGCCGCUCACUUCGAGGAGUCGAUGAAGUACGCGAGGAGGAGCGUGAGCGAUGCCGACAUCAGGAAGUACCAGGCCUUCGCGCAGACGCUGCAGCAGUCUAGGGGGUUCGGCACGGAGUUCCGCUUCCCGGCGCAGCCACAGGCGGCAGAAGCUGCUGCUGACACCACCUCGGCAGCUGAUGAGGAUGAAGACGAUCUGUACAAGUGA